AUGCUUCCGUCCGCAUCCUCAGGCUCGGCUUCGGGCUCGCCUCUGCCCCCACCUCAUCCGACCCGAAUUCACUCAUACCAUCAUCCCAUCUCGGCAUCAUACGCUUCCAACAGCAAUGCGGGCGCCAGCCACAACAACAACAACAACAACAACAACAACAACAACAACAACAGCAGCAGCAGCAGCAGUAGCACCUACUUUGAUCGCGAUCGACCCACCGUGUCAUCGCUUUGGAAAGGCGCUCGAUCGCCUCCCCUCGAGCAAGCAUCGUCCGACGCCGCAGCUUCCUCCUCCUCGUUUUCGCGCGUUCUGCCGCCAUUGUCAAUCUCGAGCUCGAGCUCGAGUGGCAGCGUGUUCCAGUUGCCUUCUUUGUCCUCCAGCCUCCCGUCAUCCGCCUCCUGGCACGCGCGCCUGAAUCAACAGCAAGCUGGUCAGAUUGGAUCUGGUCCUCACGCUUCGCCCUUCCGAGCAGCGAGCGAGGCGCAUCCCACCGACUCGCGCAGAACAAUCCAAGAGACCAAGCUGCUCUCACUCUCCGGUCAGUGGAGCGACCUUGCUGGUCCUGGUAGGCCACUCGCCACCGACGCUUCACCUGCUGGCCUCAGCUCUCCUGGCAUCGACGAGCCGUCGCAGGCUGCACGCAAGCAAGCCAAGGCGCAUGUACCUUCGGCGUGCCUCAACUGCAAGCGUGCGCACCUGGCUUGCGACGUAGGCAGACCUUGCCGUAGAUGCAUCAACCUGGGCAAAAGCGACACCUGCAUCGACGUGCAGCACAAGAAGCGUGGGAGACCUCGUUUGAAGGAUCGCCCUUCGUCACAGGCCGGCGUCACGACGUUGCAGACGCUCGAAGGCAAGAGCGACAUCUCUGGCUCGCCCGCUUCGGCCUCGUAUGCUCGUCAAUCGCCAAGCUCCGAGUCGGGCUACUUUCGCUCACCCACACGUACCAACGAGCUCAUGUCGCCGCCACUGCUAUCGUCGAGCUCGGUCAUGCACGUCUCUGGCCGGACGCAUGGUCCGGCGUCUCAACCGCGCAGCGCAUCCAACUCGGUAUCUGCUUCCAGCUAUCCCUACUCGCGACCGGACCACGUGCGCCACCCGAUGAAUGUCUCGAGCGGAUCCGGAUUUGGUCCUCCGGCGUCAUCGUGGUCAUACCAAAAAGAUGGCUCACAGGCGCUUGGACCUGCUCAGCAGAUGACGGGUCGUCACCACUCGCACUCGAUCUCGUACGAGCAGCAGUACGAACCGUAUCAGCACCAGCCGUACCACGCCCAUCAGCAGCAUCAGCAACACCAACAACACCACCAGCACAGCUCUAACGGUCGUCACGCUUCGCAGCCGACCACCGGGUCACAGGCGGCAUUCCCGGAGGCUGAAUCAUCGGACAGCAUCAUGUCGGCUGUAGUGACCAUGAUCUGCUCGACCAAUUUGCAGUGUGCUCGCAUUUCGGAAGAGUGCACCGCGCUGCUGGGCUACCAGCCGAGCGAUCUCAACGAGCGAUCCUUGUUUGAACUCGUCCAUCCAUCCGAGACGGGUCGGCUGCAAGAGAUUUGGAGCUCGCUCAUCGACCCGGUGGGCGUUGUUCCACAGGCAGUACCUGCUGCGGCCGAAGAGGUGAUGAGCACGCCGGCAUCUCGGCUCAUGACGCCCGCGGCAGGCACCAUAUUCGUGCAGGAAGACAUGCGGCUGAGACAGCGUAACGGCAUGUACGAUUUCUACAGUGUGCGACUGCACCUGGGCGGCGGUUUCGGCGUUGACCUGUACCGGAGAGAGACGCUAGAUCGUGCCUACAUUGUUGCAAGUUUGCUCAAGCUGGGUAACGAUGCGGCGCAUCCGGAUCCGGCCAUCUUGCGUUCGCCAUACUCGCACGAUGGCAGCCAAGGAGCCCGCUUUCGCACUCCGUCCGGGCCAUCGGCGACUUCCAGGGCGACGCCGGACACGGAACAGCACCAGCACCAGCAUCAUGAACAGCACCAGCGCCAUCGCUCUGGAUCAAGCCUGCAGCGACCUGCUCAUCUCGAAGGCGGUGGACGAGCGGGCGAUGCCGCCAAUCCGUCCAGCAAGGAUGAAAUGGCGCGGUCCGAGAAACGCCGCGGCGCCGUCAAGCGAAGUAGCGCCGAGAUGGACGAGGACGAGCCGGCAUACGCGGACGGCUCGGCCCCUUCUCAUGGCGCAGCCACGGCUGCGGCAAAUGCGCUGUACACCGCGUCCAAGGCAGCCGCGCGCUCAUCGCCUCCUGCGGUGCGAUCCAUGCUGUCGGAGCGACCACGUAACGGAACCACCAGUCGUGACGGCAUACUUUGCUGA